GGGGUGGGGGUGAGGGGCUGGGGGGUGCAGGCGCCCCGAGCGCUGGCCGAUUCCUCGCCGCUCCGGGAGCCAUGUGCUCCGGCUUGGUCUGGGCCGCGGGGGAGGUUGCGCGCUUUGUCUGAACUGCUGGGAAUGCGGGCGUGAGUGUGCCGCCCGGGGGAGUGUCGGGGCCGAGCUAGGGGAGUUGUCAGAAAGUUGGUGCGGGAGUGGCUGCAGGUGGCGUCGUGGGAGUGUGUGGGAGGGUGCACGGGAUGUUGUACCGAGGGGGUGCUGCCACAGGCCACUGAAGGUAGAACUGACUGCUAGAGUGAUGACGCCCGGAGUUUUCCUGUGGUAGAGAUCGGGGUGGGCGGGUACAGAAGUUGGGCUUGUUGCGUGGCUCACAGUUGUUCGGGCUAGGAGUGGGGUCUAUAACCUCUGUGUGUGCCUGCCGUAUGUGUCGGUGAAAACCCCAGGCUUUGUAGGGCUUGAGCGAUGGGUCAGGCCAGUUAUCAUAGCGCUGUUGGUUAGUUGCCUGGCGUGUCUGGGUGCGGUGUGGGUGUAUAUGUGGGAAAUCUCCCAGACUGUAGAUGGGCCUGGGAUGCAGGACACCCAGGAGAAGUUUGUGUAGACUGAGGGGUCAUUUCCCCAGGGCCCACCCGGAGAACCCUGCAGACAGACUUGACUGGCAGCCAGGGUGGAAUUUGUACAGAUAACUUUGAGUAAACUUUUCACAGCCGGCGAGGGCUGCAUCCCUGAGCCCAGAUACCAGCUGCCCUGGCCACCUAGAAAUGUCUGACCUCAGAAAGCAGCUCUCUGAGGUGCUGCUGAGGAGUGGCACCUCUAUCUAACCAGUGCCUGUCUCACCUCCAGGUGGCCUGGCUGAAAGGGUAGACCCUUCCCUCGAAAGCCUGGCCUAGCCAGCCCAGAGAUCUGGGCUCAGGUCCAACAAGAGGAAACAAAACCUGGGAGAUGCCAGAGUCUGUUGGCCGGCCUGCUGGGGAGCUGUUAAAAGGCUAAGAAGGGAGGAGUCUUGAGAUCCUGGCAUCAGCCUGGCCUAGAACUUUUGCUUUUAAAAAUGAAAAUCUGGCCAGGCACGGUGGCUCACACCUAUAAUCCCGGCACUUAGGUAGGCCAAGGCAGGCGGAUCACCUGAAGUCAGGAGUUCAAAACCAGUCUGGCCAACAUGGCAAAACCCUGUCUUUACUAAAAAUACACACACACACACAAACUAGCUGGGUGUGGUGGCGUAUGCCUGUAGUCCUAUAGUCCCAGCUAUUUGGGAGGCUGAGGCAGGAGAAUUGCUCGAACUCGGGAGACAGGUUGUAGUGAGCCGAGGUCGCACCACUGCACUGCAGCCUGAGCUAUGGACCGAGACUCCAUCUCACAAAAAAAAGAAAAGAAAAGAAAAUCUUUUUUGCAUGUGUGAGACAGAACUUUGUCCAGGGCCUGAGCAGCUGAGUUGGGUUAUCUAGGGAAAAUCCUUCCUUCAUUUGACAGGUGAAGAGGGGAGCUUGGCCUCCCAAAGUGCUAGGAGUACAGGUGCGAGCCACAGCAUCUAGCAUUUUUAUUAUUAUUAUUAUUAUUUUUUUAGUAGAGGUGGGGUUUCACCAUCUUGGUCAGGUUGGUCUCAAACUCCGACCUCAGGUGAUCCACCCGCCUCAGCAUCCCAAAGUGCUGGGAUUACAGGCGUGAGCCACCACACCCGGCCUAUUAUUACUGUUAUUAUUUUAGAAACAGGGUCUCUUAGUCCCAGAAGUCUGUUUAAAAAAAAAAAAAAGAGAGAGAGAGAAACAGGGUCUCACUCUGUUGUCUAGGUUGACAUGCAGUGGUACGAUCACAACUCACUUGUAGCCUUGAACUCCUGAGUUCAAGAAUCCUCUCACCUCAGCCUCAGAGUAGCUAGGACUACUGGCACACCAGUACACUGGGCUAAUUUUUAUUUUAUUUUAUUUUAUUUUUUUCUUUUGUUGAGACAGAGAAUUGCUCUGUAGCCCAGGAUGGAGUGCAAUGGCACAUUCUCAGCUCACUGCAAUCUCCAGCUCCCACGUUCAGGCAAUUCUCCUGCCUCAGCCUCCAGAGUAGCUGGGACUACAGGCACUGGCCACCACACCCAGAUAAUUUUUGAGAUGGAGUCUCUCUCUGUCGCCCAGGCUGGAGUGCAGUGGUGCCCUCUCAACUCUGUAAUUUCUGCCUCCUGGAUUCAAGCGAUUCUCCUGCCUCAGCCUCCCGAGUAACUGGGAUUAUAGGCAUGUACCACCACACCCAGCUAAUUUUUAUAUUUUUGGUAGAGAUGGGGUUUCAGUAUGUUGGCCAGGAUGGUCUCCAUCUCCUGACCUCAUUAUCUGCCCACCUUGGCCUCCCAAAGUGCUGGGAUUAAAGGCGUGAGCCACUGUGCCCAGCCUCAAACCCAGCUAAUUUUUGUGUUUUUAGUAGAGACUGGAUUUCACCAUGUUGGCCAGGCCGGUCUCAAACUCCUGGGUUCAAACAGUCCACCCGCCUCAGCCUCCCAUAGAACUGGGAUUUCAGGCAUGAGCCACCCCUCCCAGCCCUAAUUUUUAUUUUGUGUAGAGAAAGGGUCUUUUUUUUAAUUAUUAUUUUCUUAUUUUUUUUAAAUAGGCAGGAUUUCUCCAUGUUGGUCAGGUUGGUCUCGAACUCCCGACCUCAGAUGAUCUGCCUGCCUCCACCUCCCAAAGUACUGGGAUGAGGCGUGAGCCAUCAUGCCCAGCGAGAAAGGGUCUUAGUGUGUUGCCCAGGCUGGUCUUGAACUCCUGGCCUCAAGAGAUCUUCCUGCCUUAACUUCCCAAAGUAUUUGGAUUACAGGCAUGAGCCACCACACCUGGCCCAGGAUGUUUUUGCCCCCUGGAAAGAAACUCUAUACACUUUAGCUACCACUCAUCCUUUUAUCUCCACCAGCCCUAACUGCGGAGCUGUUAGUUAGCUAAUCUACCCUGCCUCUAUAGAGUUCAUGGAAUCAUGUAACAUGUAGUCUCUUAUGACAGGCAUUUUUCCCUUAGCAUAAUGCUUUCAAGGACUAUCUAUGUUGUAGCAUGUGUCAAGAUUUUUUUUUUUUUUUUAAGAUGGAGUUUGGCUCUCGUUGCCCAGGCUGGAGUACAGUGGCACAAUCUUGGCUCAAUGCAACCUCCAUCUCCUGGGUUCAAGGAAUUCUCCUGUCUCAGCCCCCUGCAUAGCUGGGAUUACAGCUGCACACCACCAUGCCCAGCUUUCUUUUUUUGAAACAGAGUUUCACUUUGUCACCCAGGCUGGAGUGGAGUGACACAAACACAAUUCACUGCAGCUUGACCUCCUGGGCUCAAGCAGUUCUACCUCAGUCCACAAGAAGGUGGGCCUACAGGUUCACACCUCAAUACCUGGCUGAUUUUUGUAUUUUUUUUGUGAGCCACUGUGCUGGCCUUGGGCAGCUUUCUUAAUUUCUUUCUGUUACCUCAUCUAUGAAAUGAUGAUAAUAAUAGCUUCUCCCUUAUUGAGGUUGUAUAAUGAUUAAAUGAGAUAACAUGUAAAAUGCUCAAUACAGGCUGGGCACAGUAGCUCACACCAAUAAUCCCAGCACUUUGGAUGGCUGAGGCCAACAGAUCACUUGAGGCCAGGAGUUUGAGAUCAUCCUGGCCAUGGUCAGGUGAAACCCUGUCUCUACCAAAAAAUAUAGAAAAUUAGCCAGGUGCAUGCCUAUAAUUCCAGCUACUCAGAGGUUGAGGUGGGAGAAUCGCUUGAACCCAGGAGGCAGAGGUUGAAGUGAGUCGAGAUGGCACCACUGCAUGGUCUCCAAAAACAAAGGACACGGUGGCUCACGCCUGUAAUUUCAGCACUUUGGGAGGCCAAGGCUUACCCAAGGUCCAGCCUAGCCCCUAGACACCAUGUCAGACAGUGAUCUAGGUGAGGAUGAAGGCCUCCUCUCCCUGUCCGGCAAAAGGAAGCGCAGGGGAAACCUGCCCAAGGAGUCAGUGAAGAUCCUUCGGGACUGGCUGUACUUGCACCGCUACAAUGCCUAUCCCUCAGAGCAGGAGAAGCUGAGCCUUUCUGGACAGACCAACUUGUCAGUGCUGCAGAUAUGUAACUGGUUCAUCAAUGCCCGGCGGCGGCUUCUCCCAGACAUGCUUCGGAAGGAUGGCAAAGACCCUAAUCAGUUUACCAUUUCCCGCCGCGGGGGUAAGGCCUCAGAUGUGGCCCUCCCCCGUGGCAGCAGCCCCUCAGUGCUGGCUGUGUCUGUCCCAGCCCCCACCAAUGUGCUCUCCCUGUCUGUAUGCUCCAUGCCACUCCACUCAGGCCAGGGGGAAAAGCCAGCAGCCCCCUUCCCACGAGGGGAGCUGGAAUCUCCCAAGUCCCUGGUGACCCCUGGUAGCACACUCACCCUGCUGACCAGAGCUGAGGCUGGAAGCCCCACAGGUGGACUCUUCAACACACCACCACCCACACCCCCAGAGCAGGACAAAGAGGACUUCAGCAGCUUCCAGCUGCUGGUGGAGGUGGCGCUACAGAGGGCUGCUGAGAUGGAGCUUCAGAAGCAGCAGGACCCAUCACUUCCAUUACUGCACACUCCCAUCCCUUUAGUCUCUGAAAAUCCCCAGUAGCCGUCUGCCAAGAGGGGUGCUCGAGGCUCAAGCCAGCUGUCCUGGGUUUCCGUUUUGGUUCCCUUUCAUGCAGAGGGUUUUCUAUGGAUCACUGCCAAACAUUGGGAUCAUCUCCUCUGUGUAGAGGUCUUCAGCAGGAAGGUGCCAGUUGGCACCACUGCACUGUGAUGGGGGACCUCUCCUCUGCUGACUCUGCCGUUUCUCCAGGCCUCCCCUCAGUGAUGAGACCAAGAGAUCGGAGACAAGCAUGGUGCUGCUGCUGCUGCUGCUUCUCCAGAGAAUCCCUGGGACACCUUUGUUCCAGCCUGAUUUCCUGGGCUAGGCUCAGGAAAGCUGCCAAGUUCAGUCCUAUGUUGGGUCCAAGCUACCCCUGUGCUGUUUCUGUCAAGCCAGGUGUGGACAUUCCAAGUUCAUAUGCGUGAACAAAAGAAGAGGAACCCAGUGGAUGUACCGGAACCGACUCCAGUUGAAUGUUUAGAUUUUUGCUAAACUGUUUUGUUUUUCCCUUUUUUGCUGUGGUUUACAUUAACGGCAGUAGUUAGCCCAGGUGUGGGGAACAAGAGUGUACUGCAUGGUAAGAAUUCUGGUGAACUGGGAAGGACCCACAACUAACUGGGGAUUGUUUUGCAAGAAAGGAGUAUUUUUAUUUGGGGACCAGCUAAGUCUCUGCAGUAGUGUGAAAUUUCAAAUGGUUGUUUUGGUUUACCAAAAAAAGGCAGAAAAAACAACUUUAUGAGUGCAUUAUCUUUUCUGCCACAGGCACAGAAGGGUAGAAAGCCACAGCUGGGGGCAGUCCAGCAGAAUGGGACUAAACCUAGGCACCGAGCAGAGAAGGAUAAGAUCAAAAGGUGUUUGCUUUUUCUUUUAAUUUGUGUUGUAGUUUUUUUGGGGGGUGGGGGAAGUAAACUAGACUGAAGCAAUGGAUUUUUUUUUCUUUAAUAUUUUUCCCUUUGUUCUUGAACGCUUUUGCCCUGUACCCUGAGUUUUGAAUUCCUUUAGGAACUUGGAUUGGGGGGCUCGAAUGUCAGAAGUGCCCAGCACCUCCUACUUGGAGAGAAGUGAGCCAUCUGCUGGUCAGGAAGUCCUCCAGACGGGCAGCUCUUUCCACUAUUCCUGCUUUGGGGAAAGGAAGCUGGGGCUGGAAAAAGGUUAGAAGCUUGCUAGCUGGGAGUGUCUUUGUUUCACCUUUCUCUUAAACUAGACUUGCAGGGGCCUCUGACCUGAACUUCCCCGUGAAAUAGAUCACAAUUGAUCUUGUGCUCCUCCCUCUCCCCCAUUUUUGUUUUGUUCUUUUUUUUUUUUUUUUUGAGACAGUCCCACUGUCACCCAGGCUGGAGUACGGUGGUGUGAUCUUGGCUCACUGCAACCUCCGCCUCCCAGGUUCAAGCAGUUCUCUGCCUUAGCUGCCCAAGUAGCUGGGAUUACAGGUUCCUGCCACCACACCCAGCUAAUUUUGUAUUUUUAGUAGAGAUGGGGUUUCACCAUCUUGGCCAGGCUGGUCUUGAACUCCUGAUCUCGUGAUCCACCUGCCUCAGCCUCCCAGAGAGCUGGGAUUACAGGUGUGGGCCGCCACGUCCAGUCUCUUUUGCUGUUUGAUUGCUGAUAGUGUUGAACAGCAAUAUGCCCCAUCUUUAUAUAUGCUAAGAAACACUAAUUCUAGGUUAUUAUUAGCUGAAAUAUUUUUGUCCUGAAUAACGUUGUUACUGGGCCAAAAGAUAGAUCAGGACCCCCAGGCUUUAGUUUCCUGAAGUCACCAGCUCAGGCAUAAGGAGAAGGGGUUCCUGGAUAUUGACUAACGUGGGUGGGCCUAGCCAGGAGAAAGAUAGUAACAUGUUCUUUACUUUCUGGGAAGAUCCCUGAAGCCAUCACAGAGGCUCCCCAACUUCUGAGUCACCCAUCUCUUGCUGAGGGAGUGGGAAUGGAUUGCUUAAGGAGAGGGAGUUUUGCUCUUUCCAGGUGGGCAAGUUUCCUGGGCUCUCUGUGUUGCCUCCUUCUGGCUUCUUUCUCCCUUGCCCUCUCCCCAUGUGCCCCAGGGGGAUCAGGGAUCCUCACCCUCCUGAGGCCCAGUGGGGAAGAAUGAACAUGGCAGCUUCCAGGUUAACUGAAGCUGCCAUUUGCCCAGCCUCUUCCAUCCCAGCCCUGUCAGUGAGCCCAGGUCUGAUGAAACUGUUGCAGGAUUUCUGUAGUAGAGAACUCUGGAAGUAUACUGGGCUGAAGUGGGAUUUUUCCCUCCCCACAGUGCACUGAGCAAUGGAGGGUGGUGAGGGGUGAAGGAGCCAUGCUGCUGAAUUCUGGUUGGCAUUCCCCCCUUGUGUAAAAUGGGGUGUUGGGGUAGGGCAGACUCUGCUUGGGUUUGGUUGUAAGAUAAAGCUGGAGGAGAAGCACAGUUGUCCCAUUGGAUUAUUUGAGCAAAAACUACUGUAAAUAACUUCUUCGUCUGUUGUCAAAUAAAAUUGUUUUUGUUUUUGUUUUUUUUAAGCAGAAA